AUGCCUUUCGAGUUAGAGGAAAUUCUAGAGCGUUAUGCGUUGACAGGUUCCAAGUUACGACAAGAAAUUUGUGGAAUCAUAGAGGUAGCAAGAGAGACAGACUUUUGCAGCUGCACCAAGCCAAGCAUUGAUGGUUGCAGCAACUGCUUGCGAAAGAGAGUAACCAAUAUGCUUUGUGAUAGUGGACUUAAUGCCUCUCUCUGUGUUUCCAAGUGGAAACACACCAGAAAGUAUCUCGGAGGUACACAUGAAUACAUUGAGGUGAUUGCAAGCACACAAGGGAAGAAGAAGCAAAUCCCGUUUGUGAUCGAAUUGGAGUUCCGAGACCAAUUCGAGAUUGCGAAAGCAUGCGAUCAGUACAGCAAGCUUGUAGAGCAACUACCCAAGUGUUAUGUAGGCAAAGCUGAUUACCUGAACGCCAUGGUUGGUGUCAUGUGCGAUGCAGCCAAAAGGUCAAUGAAGGAGAAGAACCUCCACAUGGGUCCAUGGAGGAAGAGAAGCUUCAUGCAGAUGAAAUGGUCAAAUUCUUCAGAGCCACGCUCUACUGAAUGA